GAUCCUCAGUGUUAUAGGUGGCGCUGAAAGGGCAGUGACGUCACUGAUCGUUCUGUGAACGUUAGGAAGGCUGUGGAUUUUUUCCUCCCGGAUUUUUCAGAUUCACUGGUACAAUGGUUCAACCCACGACAUUGAAAAGGCGACACACUCUGAAAGACACCAAUUUGAUUUGUCUAGUCAAAAAGAUUAGGGAUGCCAAUGUUCCUAAGCAGUAUGCUAGGGUGACGUCCUCACAGCCUCUAGAAACCAUGAGUGCGGAGAACAUAAAGUCAGUGUUCAAGGAACUGACAGGGGAGGAGCUGGGAGAAGUUCUUACUAUGGCAGACAGAGAUGACACACAAGGCAUACUUGCGAACGAGAUUGGGGCGCCUAAAGGUCAACAGCUGGCUGAGGAGCAGGAUGGCCCCGCGCCGAUGAAGAGGCAGAAGACAGGAGGUCAGGACAUGGAAGAACGAGUGGAUGACCUGAAAAAGAAAGUAAGGCUGCUGGCACUUCAAAAAGAGCCUUCAGAGGCGUUGAUACUAUUAACGUUAGAGGAACUGGCGUCGGUUUCCCGCCGCCAUUCCCAUGCUGACGCGGAGACUGUUGAGGAAUUAUAUCGUCAGGCCUCUAGACACCAGGGGGAGGUGAAUAUUGCGGCAUUAUGUUUGUCUGUCCUUAAUGGACAAGCUUCAGACCUGGUGUCUAAGGCUCUGGCAAAAUGUCUCAAAACUAAGGAAUUUGAGAAGCAAGAUGCCCCGAAAGAGUCUUCUCCACUUGCAGGUUUAUAUCCUCAGAUGCCACAGGCUCAGUGGCCGAUGUUACCUCCUGCACAUACGGGAUUCGGCUAUCCGUAUUCUUUCGGCCAUACAUUUAGACCUAGGUAUAAACCAAGAGGGGGGAGGUCUCUUUUCCGUCCGAGGGGUGCUUGCCUGUUCUGUGACUCUACGGAGCAUCAGGUUAAAGACUGUAUGCUCAUGAAGAGAGCUAAACAGAAGAACUGAAUCAAUACAACUAGUAGUCAUAUAGUCACACAGUUAUAUUAUGUGUCUUUUUCAAUUAGUGUGUCAUUUUAUUUCCAUCUAUUGAUUCAAAAUGUUUAUACAUGAACACUUUAUGAAACUGAAUGGAGCUAUAUAUUUUACUCAGAUGUAUUGCAUAUCGUUUUAAUGCAAGUGAGUUUGACGACAUGUAAAUAAUAUCUAUAUUGUGACUUGGUAAGAAAAAAGCUAGUUUACUAAGCAUUUCUUGAGUUUAUUAACGGUUUUCUUUGCAUUUUCUUUAUUAAAAAUUUUAAUAGUUUAUAACAGACAUUUUCUCCUUGAUAAAUUAUUAUAGCAAUGCUGCGUCAUUUAUAUUGGUUACAGAUAAUUGAAAUGAUCUGUCAAGCUAUAAUAUUUGCAGAAUUCUUCUCAAACAUUUCUUAUGUACAAUGCAUAUCGGAUAAAGCUAUAUUGAUUGAAAUUGUACCGGUACAAGACUUCCGAAACUUUAUGAUACUAAGUCUUAAUGUUAUGAUGGUAAUAUACUUCAUGUCGAAACGUCUGUUUUGCGUAAUCAUGUUUACGUUAACGACAAGUUUUAAGUGUGCUUGGGUGGCUCUACUUUUUCCUUUCAAUCAUUUCAUUUCUGGAUGUAUAUUGUGCUUUGUAUGUGAAAUUAUUAAUUAUUUGAUUGUUGAUAUUGCCAUUGUAUGAUUAUUUUGUAUUAUUAGUACCAUAUACAGCUUUUACACCUUUCACUAGAUUAUUUUGAGUGAACCCUCGUCUUUUCUCAAGAGCGUCUAAAGCUCUAGUGAAUUUUUUAUUCACGUGAGUUAAGAGUGAGGGUCUUUCCUGUCUCUCAGCGUCUUCUGCCUGGCCGUUUCUGUACAGUCUUGUAUUUUUUGACAGGAGGAGGAAGGCUCGUUUACUGGUAGUUUCAUCAAGAUUCCCUCCUGGGAGCGACAACAUAAUUUUAAUCCAACGGCUGUGACUGUACGAACGGAUCCUAGGUGGAUGAC